AUGGAUCAAUAUCUUUGCAAACGUUGCGGUAAGACAGUGACACACGAUGAGAAUCACCCUUGCUUCCUCCACAAGAAAUUUGACUACAGGCAUUCACAAUCACGGCCAGUAGAAUCGGAAAAACACCAUGAUGAAGUAAAAGACAAAUCUACGCAGAAUACGAAUGACGAUUCCCAGUGUUUAAGGCGAGCUUCAGGGAAAAAAGGAAUGGAAAACCCUGGUAACACCAUUUCAGAGAAUUUCGGUAAUGAACAACUAAGGAAUUCUUGUCACAGUUCAUAUUUUCAUCCCAUUUCAAAUGUUCAGGCGAUUGAAGUCCAAACUAAAGAAAAUGUAUCAUUUACUGCUUCUUCAGAAAAUGUUGAAUCCGGUCACAGAACUGAAAACGACCAACCCGAAACUGAUGAAAAAAUGAUAAUUGCCAUCGGAUCAGGUGGUGUUGACUUACAGAAGCAAAGAGUAUCAGGUUUAUCAGACUUGAUCUAUGCAACAUCCGAUGAAGAAUGUAAAAUGUCACUUGAAAAUAGCAAAUGGCAGACUUUGAAUAAAGACAAAAAGGGUUUUAUGGAUUCUAUAAAAUGUGUUAUCAUAAAUGAUCUUUCAGAUAAUAAUAAUAUUUCUGAAACUGCGAAUUUGUCUGUGAAUCCUAAUCGGUCACUAGGAUGUAAUGAGCCGAAAAAUGGCAAAAGGCAAGUGGCAGAGGAUGUAAAUGAUGAAAAUAUUUCACUACAAAUGUAUUCUCAGGUCCACAAUAAGGACGACGAGAAGGAACAUAUCUCUUCGAAUAAUGAAGACAAUGCCGUGGCUGGACCUUCCGGAUUAUGUCCUCGUAAAAAGAAAUUUCCUAUGACCUUAGGUAGGAAAGAUACAACUAAAACUAAUUAUCGAACGCACACUGGCGAGAAGCCCUUCAUGUGCGAUAUAUGUAAGAAACAAUUCUCUUAUAAAUCACAUCGUGAUCAACAUUACAGAACGCAUACUGGCGAAACACCCUAUGUUUGCGAUGUAUGCGGGAGAAAGUUUUCCCAGAUAGGAAACCUCAAAAGACAUUACAGAUCCCACACAGGCGAAAGACCUUUCGGCUGCGACUUCUGUGAAAAAUCUUUUGCUCAAAAGGGUGAUCUCAAGAUACAUGUUAUGACUCACACCGGUGACAAACCUUUUGUGUGCGACUUCUGUGAAAAAAGUUUUGCUCGUAAGUCUAAGCUCAAGACACAUAUUAUUACUCACACCGGUGACAAACCUUUUGUGUGCGAUUUCUGUAAAAAGAGUUUCCCUCGAAAGGAUAAUCUAAUGAUACAUAUUCGGACCCAUACUGGAGAAAAGCCUUAUAAAUGUCCAAUUUGUGGAAAGGCUUUCAUGACCAGCAGCGGUUGUUGCAGGCAUCAGAGGAGAAGGCAUAAGUGA